AUGGCGGCGGCUGCUCCACCACGAAGGCAACAGGAGCUGUUCACACUCAGAUUUACCCAGGCUCUUGCCUGUGAAUUUGUCGCCACUGUGAUCUUCAUUUUCAUUGUCCUAGGCUCAGCCUUCAAGUGGCCCUUACAGCUGCCCAGUGUCCUCCAGAUCUCCAUGGCCUUUGGCCUAACCAUCGGCACCUUGGUUCAAGCGUUUGGUCAUGUCAGCGGCACGCACGUCAACCCAGCAGUGACCAUCGCCUACUUUGUAGGGAACCAGAUCUCUAUUGUCCGCUCGGUGCUCUAUGUGGUGUUACAGCUGUUGGGAGCCAUCACUGGUGCAGGAAUCAUCUACUCCGUGACACCCAAAGACGUCCGCCAUACAUUAGCCCUCAAUGACCUCACCUAUGGCACAAACCCUGGUGAGGCGCUGGUGGUGGAAAUCAUCCUAACCUUCUCGGUUGUCAUGUGCAUCUUCUCUGCCACUGAUAAACGCAGGACGGAGAGCAGGGGCAAUGCAGCAUUGUCUAUUGGACUGGCAGUCACCAUGGCUCACCUCAUCGGGAUUUAUUAUACUGGCUGCUCCCUAAAUCCAGCUAGAUCCUUUGGACCUGCUGUCAUAAUGGGAAAAUUCAGCGGGGCUCACUGGGUCUUCUGGUUAGGACCUAUUUUUGGUGCCAGCGUGGCCUCUGUAGUUUACAACUACCUUCUGUACCCUCAGAAACUGAGCAUAGGUGAGAGGCUGGCUAUUGUUCAAGGGUUCGUUCUUCCAGAAGAUGAAGGGAGAAGCACACCCAGAACUAACUCUGAAAGACUCCGGACCUGA